AUGUCUGAUCCGAGUACCGAGCUACAACACACUCUCCGCGAUCUAUCCAUUGGCGAAAAGGGGCCGGUGCAGGAUAUCUCACGACCCACGGUGAAGGGUCUCACGGGCUCGGUCACAUCUGCUUCAAAGUCGAUUCCAACAAAGAAAGCCAAAAAGCCCGUCGCGGAUUCCUGGGAAGAUGAGGCUGAUCUUUCGGAGGAUGAGCCGGCUGCUGUGUCGAUGUCUCCUCUUUCGUCGACCUUAAGCGCGGAGGGUCCGCUUGAUCCCCCGCCGACACCUAUCUCGCCGCAGAAUUCGCAGCCUUGGGGCGCUGUGAGAGUGGGUUCUCCUGUUGGUGCGCAGGGUUCGGGUCCUGCGAGGCGUCCGGAGAAGCAGACCGCUGUUGCUAGUCGGUUGAUUGCCGGUGCACUGGGGAUUCGGGCGCCUAAGCGUACGGAGGAGGAGCGGGCAUAUGAUCGGGCGGUGAAGGAGCAAGAAAUCAAGAGACGAAAUCGUGAGCGUGAGGAGGCUGCUAAGGCGAAGGAGGAGGAGGAGAAGUUGAAGGCAUCUGUUUGGACGGACUAG